AGUUGAGUUCCAUAGAUAACAGAGGAUCAAGAAUAAGGAGUUCGAUUCAAAUUUUUUGAAACAAUGGCGGCGGCGGUUGGUCUUGUAUUUGCUCUUCUGGUCAUUUUCCAAAUGUCUUCCUCUGUUAGUGCCCUGAGCUCAAACUACUAUGAACAGACCUGCCCUCAGCUUGAGUCUGCUGUUACUCAUGCUGUCAAGAAGGCAAUGAUGAAUGACAAAACAGUUCCUGCUGCGCUACUUCGGAUGCAGUUUCAUGAUUGCUUUAUCAGAGGUUGUGAUGCUUCUGUGCUCUUGGCAUCCAAGGGCAAGAACAAAGCGGAGAAAGAUGGGCCUCCUAACAUUUCAUUGCAUGCAUUUUAUGUUAUUGAUAAUGCAAAGAAAGCGGUGGAAGCUUUGUGCCCUGGCGUGGUUUCUUGUGCUGAUAUUUUGGCUCUUGCCGCAAGAGAUGCAGUAGCUUUGUCUGGAGGUCCCACUUGGGAUGUGCCAAAAGGAAGAAAAGAUGGAAGAAUUUCGAAGGCAAGCGAAACCAGGCAAUUACCAGCUCCCACCUUUAACAUUUCCCAGUUACAGCAAAGCUUCUCCCAAAGAGGUCUUUCUUUGAAGGAUCUAGUAGCUCUCUCAGGAGGUCACACUCUUGGGUUCUCUCAUUGUUCAUCAUUCCAGAACAGAAUCCACAACUUCAAUGCGACUCUCGACGUGGAUCCAACUUUGAACCCAUCUUUUGGAAGCAGUCUAAGGAGUGUCUGUCCUGCACACAAUAAGGUAAAAAAUGCAGGUGCUACAAUGGACUCUUCAACAACCACAUUCGACAACGUUUACUACAAGUUGCUACUCCAGGGAAAAAGUCUUUUCUCUUCAGAUCAAGCUCUACUCUCAACAAGAAAAACCAAGGCAUUGGUUUCUAAAUUCGCUAGCUCCCAUGAGAUGUUUGAAAAAGCUUUUGUUAAGUCCAUGAUCAAGAUGACUAGCAUCAGUGGCGGACAAGAGAUCAGGCUAGACUGUAAAGUGGUCAGAUGAUGUGGAUUCAUGGGAGUGUGAGCGAGACUACUAUCCAUCAACACAUUAUUUUGUAAUUUUUAUUCCAUUUUGUGAGUGAUUUCAUUCUUUUUAAGGGAUCAAGUUAAUCUGAAGCUAUUGUUUGGGAGCUUGCCUGUCUGUUCGAUCGAUCUUUUAGUGAAAGGAAUUCCUUUUUUCUGUGUU